CCGCCCCGCUUCCUGCGCCGGGAGCAGAGCAUUGUGGGAAACUCCCAGUUCUUGCAUCCGCAGCCGCCGCCCGCCGCCGUCCGUCAGGUCGGCCGUGGUCCCGCAGAGAGCUCGCGGCCCUGAGGUGGGAGCGCCGCGAGCAGCAGCGUCCAUAGGAUGCCCAGGGGUGAACUGUCCUGAGCUGCCGUGGUUCAGACGCCUGCCUGCCCCCGCGUACCCUGCACAGCCCGCCCAUACACCCAGCAUGGAGUCCAGAGGGAAGCCGACCAACAGCCCCAAGGCCGACACUAAGGCCGCGGCCGAGGCCCGAGCCCCUGCCGCCAUGGACGGGAAGGCCCCGUCCUCUAAGCCAGGGAAGAAGGAGGCCCAGGCGGAGAAGCAGGAGCCGCCGGCAGCCCCCACGCCGCCACCUGCCAAGAAGACCCCGGCCAAGGCAGACCCGGCCCUUCUCAACAACCACAGCAACCUGAAGCCAGCCCCCACGGCCCCCAGCGCCCCUGACGCGGCCCCCGAGCCCAAGGGCCCUGGGGAUGGGGCUGAGGAGGGUGAGGCCCCCGGUGGGGGCCCCAGCAGCCGAGGGCCUUGCCCUUUCGAGAACUUGACCCCACUGCUGGUGGCCGGGGGCGUGGCUGUGGCUGCUGCAGCCCUGAUUCUUGGGGUCGCCUUCCUGGUCCGAAAAAAAUGAUGGCCGGUGGCCAGCUUGGGCACAGCCACAUCCUGUACAGACCUUGGGAGUCUAGUGCAUGCCGAAUUCACACUCCGCUAUCUAUACAUAUGUAAUACCUAUACUGUGUCCCCCACAUACAAGCAGAGGGAGAGAGAGGUGGACAGGCCCCGACAGCAGUGGAGACCCAGCCCCCUCAAGCGGUCCCCAGCACUUACCCCUCCGAACCCAAGGGCAGAAGGAGCCCAGGCUCUGCGGGUGGGUCCCUGACAUGGGGUGGGGGCUCUGUGUGGACCCAGGCACUGGCGGACGGACAGAGAAGCAGGCUCUGAAUGUGGCCUGCCUGCCCAAGUGUGCCAGCCUGUGCCAAGGGCCCCAGUGGUCCUGUGAUCUUCCUGGCAGCAGCUCCUGAUGAACCUCCAGGGUAGCAGGGCUGGGCAGGGGCCUGGGAUGGAUUCUGAGCAGGGUCCAGCCAGCCUGGGGACAUUAAAGGGUGUGGCUGUUUGUCCCAUUUCCGCUCUUUGCGUGUAGCCAGGAUGGGGGUUCCUCUGGGUGGGCAGCCUCAGUGGACUGAUCCAAGGUGGGUGGUCCCAUUAGCUGAGUUUCCCUGCCUCCUGCCUGCUCGCUUGAGCCCUGGCUGGGUGGACAGAAAGCUCACAGGCUGGUGUCAGAGGCGCUCUUGAAGUUUACCUUCUGGCUGGAACCCAGGCGGCCCCUGAAGCUGGGCCCUACGCUUCCCGCCCUGAACCCCUCCCCAUUCUGCAGCGGUUGUCCUGGGGGCAAGUGAGAGCCUGGCGGGGAGGCAGCCAUGCCUGCCCAGCGCCUGCAGACGGCCCCUCCUGCCCACCCAGGGUCCUUGGGGGUCUAAGAAGCGUAUAAAUGCAAUAACAGGUUGAAUAGAAGCGCUGGGCAAGCAACCACCACCCUCGGCCACAGCCCCGUCGAGCCUGCAGGGAGACCGCGCUCUGCUGGGAGCAUGUCUUGGUGGCAGUGGGCACUGGGAGCCCGAUGUGCCCUUGCCUGACCAGCUGGCCACUGGAACCCUGGGCCUGAGUGGAGGUCAGUUUGAAAUAAACUGUUAUCUAAAGAC